CCCUCCCCUCCCCUCCCCUUCCCUUUCCUUCCCUUCCCUUCCCUUCCCUUCCCUAGAAAGAGAGACCUCCUCCUCACGCCGGCCACCGCAAAACACACAGCCACUACACAAACAAACAGACAAACAAGAUGUUCGCCGACGCCGGCUUCAGCUUCUCCGCCUACUCGCCGCCGGGGCCAGGCUACUCAUACUCCCCGCUCUUCUCCUCCUCCCCCUCCUCCUUCUCCUCCCCAUCUGCAUCCACCCACGCUGCUCCGCCGCCGCCACCUCUCCCUCUCCCUCUCCCUCUCCUGCACCACCAACAACAACAACAUCAAGCCGCCGCCGCCGCCGCCGCCAUGUACCACCACCUCGGAGACAUGGGGCAGCCAUCCCUGAUAUCAGAGUACGACCUGGGAGCAGAGGGGGACCUGUUCAAGGCUCCGGAGCCCAUAAUCGAGGAGCCGCUGCUGGCCCUCGACCCGGUAGCCGCCGCCAUCUCGAUGAUGUCCGGCGGGGACAACUCCAUGGACGACAGCAUCAAGGUCUCCGACAUGGGCCUGAGCGAGGUGCUGUACGAGUGCGAGAAGGAGCUCAUGGAGAAGUCGGCCAUCGAGGAGACCAUAUCCGAGCUGCUGGACGUCAAGAUCCCCAUGCUGCAGGUCGAGGACGUGCCCGGGGAGCUCAGGGCAUCAUCGUCGUCGACGGUUGCUGCUGCCGGCACCGGCGAGUGCUCGCUCCAGAAGAGCGUCAGCUCCGGGUGCCUCAACUCGGGCGACUGGAUGAACGGGUCGGCGGUGAGGCCCAACUUCCUCGACUUCCAAGGGCUCGACUUCGAGGCCGCCUUCGGGCUCCGGCGAGCCUACAGCGAGGGUGACAUUCAGCUUGGUGCCAACAACCCUCGACCUGGGAUCGCAGGAAAUGUGCAGGCAUCUGGUGAGAGGCUUGUGACCAUCAGUGACCUGAAAAGCGAGGAGAGGAAGCAGAAGCUCAACAGGUACAGGAAGAAGAAGAUCCAGAGGAACUUUGGCAGAAAGAUCAAGUAUGCUUGCAGGAAGGCUCUGGCAGACAGCCAGCCGAGGGUGCGAGGGAGGUUCGCCAAGAUGGACGACGGCGACAUGCUCAAGCCGAGGAAGUAGACGGGGCCAUGGAGGCCGCCGCCAAGCCGAUGAGGAUGGAAGACAAAGGUUGUUGCAAGGAGGGAAUUAAGCUGCUGCUGCUGCUGCUGAGAGCUGCUGCCAGCGGCUUUGUUGGCGUCUAGAAGCUUCUAGGUGAGGCGGCACCGCCUUCUAGGAUCAUGGCUGUUGUGCCACGCUGCGCCGCCCGUCGGAAUUCAUUUCAGUCGAUCCAUCAAAUCCGUUCCUUGGGGUGACAUUUUCUAUUUUCGCGUUCGUUUGUAGUAGUAGUAAUAAUAAUAUGAUGGUCCUCCUCCCUGUGGUGCAAGAGAGUGGAGAGCCCUCCCUAGCUUCUCUGUGUACAAAGGCUUGAACUUGAAGUUGGUACUAAAUAAAUAAAACCCAGGCCCCUCUCUUGUCA